AAUCGGAAAAAUAACCUAAAUGACGAUCUGUGUGAUGACCUAAACGAAAAACUGAGUGAAGAUCUGAAUGAAAACCUGAACGAAGACCUGAGCGAAAACCUAAACGAUGACCUGAACGAAGACCUAAGCGAAGACCUAAACGAUGACCUGAACGAAGACCUGAGCGAAGACCUGAAUGAAAAUCUGAACAAUGAUCUGAGAAACGACCUGACCUACGACCUAAGAGAUCUGAAUGACGCUGCGAAUAAUGACCCAGAAAAUGAUCAAAACAAAGGCAAUUUAGACGAUAAACAAGAACAAAAUGAAAAUGAAAUAAUUAGAUCUGGUGCAUCUUGCAAGCACCAAGGUGCUGUCGCAAUGAAAUUUAAUAUUUCUAUAUUUAAUUUUUUUCCUUCGCUAACACCUGACAAUCGCAUGCUCUUUGCAUAUGUUGCACUUGGUUAUACCACAAGAGACAAUUCCUUUUAUGCAUUACUCAAUGGGAAAUUUGUUUCACAAGAUCGUGAAAAUUUUAAUAAGGCAAAAAUGAGAACGCCAAUUAGUGAUAGUGCAAUUGAAACCAAUGAAAAUGCAUAUAAUAACAAUGAAACCAAUAUUGUCGUAUUUAUGGAUUUUUUGAACAAAGUGAAGGAAGACUAUUAA